GCAACAGACUACCCUCCGCUCCACUCAUUCAUUUCAGCCUGCACGCCCAGGGAAGCGCAUCGAACCCCUCUCUGGGACCUCCCUUGUCAACACUUUUCUUGUGUUGAAGACCGAAUACGGUUCGAAACUGCAUAGAUGCAAACGCCUACAGCCAACUGUAUUAUAUUCAAGAAACAGAGAUCAUUCAAGUCAAAAUGUAUAAUUACUAGGAUAACUACGCCGUGGUACCCUUCUCAAUUGUGCGCUGUAGCAGACUAGAUUGCACCAAUGUGGAUCCAAAAUGAAAUAAACUUAUUAUGCCACCCUCUCUUCGAGCCGGUUGAAACAGUAAGGUCCACGCUACAAAAACUGGUGUCAUUGAUGCCUGUUGUUGGGUAAUCUAGGGAAGGAGGCCAUGUAAUUAUGCCGGCAGCGCAGCAUGAAUCUGGUGGACCUGUGGUUAACUCGUUCUCUCUCCAUGUGUCUGCUGUUACAGAGUUUUGUCCUGAUGAUACUGUGCUUUCAUUCUGCCAGUAUGUGCCCAAAGGGUUGUCUGUGUUCCCACACUGGUGGAUUAAAUGUCAGCUGUAGCAAUGCCAACCUCAAAGAGAUUCCCAAGGAUCUGCCACCUGACACUGUGCUCCUCUACCUGGACUCCAACCAGAUAACCUCCAUCCCCAAUGAAAUCUUCAAGGACCUGCACCAGCUCAAGGUGCUUAACUUGUCCAAAAACAUAAUUGGGUUUGUGGAUGAGCGUGCUUUCAAAGGCGUGGCAGGAACCUUGCAAACGAUCGACCUUUCUGACAAUCGGAUUAAAACAGUGCAUAAGAAUGCUUUCAGCAACCUGAAGGCAAAAGCCCAGAUCGCCAACAAUCCAUGGCAUUGUGACUGCACCCUUCAGCAGGUUCUGAAAGGCAUGGCAUCCAACCAUGAGUCUGCCAACAGUGUCAUCUGCAAGACCUCUGUACUUGAGGAGCAUGCUGGGAGACCGUUCCUAAAAGCUGAUGCCGACCUCUGCAAUCUUCCCAAAAAGACUACAGAUUACGCCAUGUUGGUUACCAUGUUUGGCUGGUUCACCAUGGUGAUUUCUUAUGUGGUGUAUUAUGUACGACAAAACCAGGAAGACGCAAGGAGGCAUCUUGAAUAUUUGAAGUCACUUCCAAGCAAGCCGAAGAAGCCAGAUGAAGCAGAUGAUAUAAGUACAGUUGUAUGACAUCAUUUAAACUGUAACAUGGCUGAAAUACUCUGGAAAUGUUUGAAAAGAACAACAUUUUACAGGAGCUCCUUUUCAACCUAGUCAUUCAUAAAAUAGAGAGAAUAAUUGCUGGGGGGAAAAAGUGUUAACAUUUAAAGCAUCAAGUGAUAACCAGAAUGAGAAAAUAUUUAUAGUUGUUUCAUCCCCUUUUGGUUAUCCUUGUGUAAAAUGUACAAUAGCCUUCAGUAAAUUUGUUCAUCCUGUGUUACAAGCACUGUGAUGGAUAAAUUAAGGAACUUUGAGAUCCUUCUGUUAACAGAAAAUAUUGGAUGCAAGGGUAGGUUUUGGUCAGAGUU